ACACACGUGAGGCUGUAAUGCACUUCGCCUUUGACUGAAGUAUAAGCAACAGCGUAUCUGCCGCAUAUACUAUUUAAAACUUAAUUUGCACAAGAGACCGGUGGUCUUUAUUUUUUGUAACCUCUUUUGAUUGGGAGAGGGUGAUCUAACAACCCACGCUUUCAUGGCUAAUGGGGGUAUAUUCAACUUUUGGAGGUAAUCCAAAGACUUACCUUCUAAUACAUUGCUUCUGGCUGAAUUUUGCGAGCAUUUUUGGCGAAUCGGUCUUCUAUAAUCUUGUUUCCGUAUAUAGUAUCAGUGUUCCUUCGUUGACCCCUGACAUUUUUUUACUUUUGGUAAUCCCUCUCGUUCCAAUCCUACCUGUGCAUAAGAGUAGGUGCAAAUCUGGCACGUUGCUGCUGUAUAUUGUAACGCGGAACCCGGUUGUUCCUUAUUAGGACAGUGUCGAUCUACCUACGUAGCACCUACCUUUGGAGGGUGGUCUGUAUUCUACUGCCA